AUUCCGAGAAUUGAGCUCGUCUGAUUCUUAGAACUGGGGUUCUUAGAAGUGGUGAUGCAAGAAGUUUCUAGGAAAGCGCUACCAGAACUUGACAAAAUGGCUUGCGCAGCAGACAGCUGCAUACAGUUCACACGCCAUGCAAGUGAUGUUCUGCUCAACCUGAAUCGGCUGCGUAACAGAGAUAUCCUCACAGAUGUCACUAUUUUGGUUAACAGACAGCAGUUUCGUGCACACAAGACUGUUCUGAUGGCUUGCAGUGGGCUGUUUUACACCAUCUUUACUGACUCCCACAAGUGCAACCUUAAUGCUAUCAGUCUGGACCCAAAGGUGGACCCAGAGGGCUUUGCCAUCCUGCUGGAGUUUAUGUACACCUCCCGUCUCACACUAAAGGAAAGUCUGAUCAUGGCUAUCAUGAACACAGCCAUCUACUUGCAGAUGGACCAUGUUGUGGACACAUGCCACAGAUUCAUCAAAUCCAGUGAUCCAUCUGCCAAGCUGCCCAGAGAUGAGUUUUUGGUCAGUCCCUUGGUUUUACCUCAGGAUGUCCAUGCGUACCGGUCCCAUGAUGUUGUUGACAGUUUGCACAGCCGCGUAGCUCCUUUUAGGGAUGGGAGGCCCUAUGGCCCAAGCAUGUUCAAUGGGGUCAGCACCCCCAGCAACUACCAUCUCUACGGGCAGUUUCCCAUGCCAGGAUUCCCUUUCCCUCUCUGCAAGCUGACUGAUGCCAAAAAUGCUUUUGCUGACCUCUCAAAGAGUGGUAUCCACCACAAGCAUUGUUCUCCACAUGACAACGCCAACACUAUCAGGGCAGAAUACACCAGGGCAGUUGGCACUAGCUCCUCCAGUAUUAUUCACUCCACCACCUACGCUUCCAGGGAGGUAGGGAGAGACGAUGAGAUAAGGAAGGAAAGCCACGAGGGGCUCAGCCAGUCUAUUGGUCUCGGCACGAGGAAGCGUGCGUUUCCUGUGUUAACCCUCGAGCACCAGAAAGACUCAGGCAAAGAGCACGCUCCUCAAGCAGAGGAGGACCUGAUCCAUCAGCACUGCCCGCUGGGAAUCUCCUCUGCUGGACGCAAGAGCCUCAUGAGCAGCCCACAGAGCCCCCUCAAAUCAGACUGCCAGCCCAACUCCCCAACAGAGUCCAGCAGCAGCAAGAAUGCCGGCCUCUCCCAAGCUGUUGGAGCGCAAGCCCCUCAAGGCACGCAGGACCCCAAAGCUCGCAACUGGAAGAAGUACAAGUUCAUUGUGCUGAAUCAGAGCGCUAAGGAAGAAGAGGUGGGGUUGCGGGAUCCGGGGCUUCGUUCACCUCAGCGCCUUGGCCUGCAACCCUACCUCCACCCCAGUGACUCGGAGAACCUCGACCCACAAACCACAAGCAAGAGCAGCGAUCACAGCGAGGACCUACCUGUGCCCCAGGCUAGUCGUCUCAAUAACAUCAUUAACAGUGCACUAGAGGGGUCACUGAGGAACAGUGACGGCCACCCUCCACACUACCUGAGCCGCCUCAACUGCUCAUCCUGCGGCUCCCAGUCCCCGCAGCACUCUGAAGUCUGUCCCAACACGUCCAGGUCCCGUCUAGCAGAGGACAUGGCAGAGUUACACUCAGAAUACUCAGACUCCAGUUGUGAAAACGGUACAUUCUUCUGUAAUGAAUGUGACUCCAAGUUCGCUGAAGACGAAGCGCUGAAACAACAUAUGCUUCAAGUACACAGCGACAAGCCAUACAAGUGUGACCGCUGCCAGGCUGCUUUCCGCUACAAGGGCAACCUUGCCAGCCACAAGACUGUCCACACAGGAGAGAAGCCGUAUCGCUGUAAUAUCUGUGGUGCUCAGUUUAACAGACCAGCUAACCUCAAGACUCACACUCGCAUCCACUCAGGAGAGAAGCCAUACAAAUGUGAGACGUGUGGAGCUCGUUUUGUACAGGUCGCUCAUCUCCGAGCACAUGUGUUGAUUCACACGGGUGAGAAGCCAUAUCCAUGCGAGAUCUGUGGAACACGCUUCCGUCACCUGCAGACAUUGAAGAGCCACCUGCGUAUACACACAGGCGAAAAGCCCUACCAUUGUGAGAAAUGCAACUUGCACUUCCGCCACAAGAGUCAGCUACGGUUGCAUCUUCGACAGAAGCAUGGCGCCAUCACUAACACAAAGAUCCAGUACCGUAUGUCCACGGCCGACAUGCCUACUGACUUGACGAAGGCAUGCUGAGCUGGAGGAAAGGAACAGUUUAAAUAGAGGCAAUCUUGACCUUGGCAUUUUAAAGACCCCAACUUGUACAAUCAUCCAAAAUUGUAGUGCCACACUGUGUUCAUUAGACAAAUAAAUUGGCUGUGUAUGCCAUUCUAAACGGGUUUCCACUACAUGUGAACGUAGAGCCACAUAUGGCAUCUUAGUCACUUUAUUGUUUCUAUAUAGAUAUAAAUAUAUAUAAAUGUAUGUAUGUUGGGAGUGUUUCUAAGCUUUGAAGGUACGUAUAUAAAGCUUUAUUUUGUUGAGAAGGAUGGAAUGUAAACAAUCUGUUUUUUGAAAAUACAGUAUUUUAUAUCAGAGAACUUACUUUUCUGGAAGUAUUGAAAAUUUUGAUUGACGGGUGGUACAUAUAUUUUAAGAUAAUGGGAUUUGCGGCUGUAUAGAGUUGUCUAUACAUUUUUAUGUAGAUGUACGUACACGUUGCACCAUGUCAAGUUGCCAUAUUUGUGCGAAAGGGGAAAAAAGUCAAUAAGACAUUGUAAUUGGAUUUAGUCUAGAACAUAUCAGAUGACUGCUGCUGUCUGAUGAGGAUAUGCAUGAGGUACUCUCUUACCAUUGCCAGUUGUCAGUGAACAUGAAGUGGGCAACUGCAUAAAUAUUGUGACAUAUUGUGUAAUUAUAUCUGUGGGAUUGCUCUCUGCUGGCAGAGCCAAUCUAGGUGUUGAAAUGCAUUUCAAGGUACUGCUUUGUUAUGACCAAGAAAAUAUUUUGCUUCAAAUGUAUUUGUAUAGAUGUGACUGACUUGGUUUUUGUUAAUUUGUUUUUAAUAAGUGAAGGUUUACAGUUUUGGUCAUUGUUCUAGAUCCUACAGUAAAGUUGUGUACGUGUCAAGGUUUUUGUUUGUACAUACACUGUGUAUUCAAUGUGCCUUUCUCUAUGGUGACUGAAUUCCUCUCCAUUCAGCCCAGGUCUAUUAAGGUACAACUCAAGGACGCCACUUGUCCUAAUUCCCUGUGUGGGUGUGUGUGAAUGUGUGUAUGUAUAUGUGUGUGUGUAUAUAUUUUGAAAUGCUUGUCACCAACCUUAAAACAUGCAAAUUCAUCAUUGUAAAUCUUCAGGACUUGUUUUUGGAUUGGGCUUUUUUAAACUGCAUUAAAAUUAUUGUACAAUGUUAUAGAUGUAUGAAUGUAAAAUAAAGGUAUUGGAUUUCUAUGUAUUAA